AUGAGCAGUACCUUCGAGUCUAUCACUCAAGCUACUUUGGACAUGGGUUAUAGCCUUUCGGAGUCCUUUGGCACUCGAGGUGAUCCCUUGGGUUGCUUUGAUGCAAUGCCUGUUUCUAGCAUUGGAUGGGUAGUGACUUCUUUUGUCGAACUGCUUCUCUUCCUUCCGGUUCUCUGCCAGUGGAAGAGUUUACAAAUGAGGAAGACCAAGCUACCAAUGCGUAUCUCAGGACAUGGUCCACUAAAGGCACAGGAUGUUAUGACAUUAAUGGCAAGAGACUCUAUUGUAUAUUUUGCUGUGAUAAUAUUGUGUUGUCUUCUUCCUACCAUUAUAUAUUUUACUUCUGAAGGAUUGGAUAACAGUGGUGUCCAUUUAAGUUACAGCAUUGUGGUCUUCUUUGAAGACACAGCAUUGGAGUCAAAUGCAUACCAAACAAUCGUGAUAACAAUUAUGACAAUCCUUGCUCCGAAGAUGCUCAUCAACCUUCAGGCAGAGUAUUAUGGUCUGGUUUGGAUAAUUGCAACUGAGCUUUCUUGGGACAUCCAGUUUGCUGAGCUGUCUGGUGUACAGAUUGCAGAUGAAGUGCAGAGUGCUGAUAAUGCAGAGACUGUUGAUAGAGUCGUGGAAUGA